AUGAAAGACCAGUUCACCCAAAAAUCAGGUAGGCCUAGACAACCUCCAUAUACCACCCGUUCUCAAGUAGGAUUGGGCUAUCGCAAUGACCUCGCCCCGUCCAUAUACAAUCGAACAUAUCCAAGUACCACCACUAACGAGGUAUAA